GAUAUAGGUCGAAAAAAGUCUUUCUGCUGAUGUCUGCUGCCAGUGUAAUUAUAUUUGGAAACAGAAAUGUGAAAAUUGGACUUGCCUAAACAACAAAUCAGAUAACUAUUUUGUUUUGGGUUUACGGCGGUUAUCAUUGAUAACCUGAGCUAGACAGAUGGAAUGUCAUUUUGAUAGCAGAAUGGGAGUUGUCUUUUCGUGCGUACCUUCGUGAACCGUGGCAAUUGAGCGACUGGCUACAGAAUUCAAAUGUCACACACAGGGAACAUCCCGUACUUAUCUAUAAAAGGAAUUGAAAGUCCAAUUUCGUUACUGAGUGACUGACGACAACACCAUGGAGACGAUACGAAAUUUUCUCGUUCUGUUGCUCGUUACAGCAGUCAUAGCAAAGAAUAUUCCUGACGAGGAUGAUGACCUGGGCCGGCUCGUAGAUCCUUUUGGUGAAGGAGAAUUCGCCAUCAAUCACACGGCUUAUCGCCAAGCAUUGAAUCUCUUCCUAGACACCAACAUUGACGUUUACGCCCCAAAUGCAACAGGAAACUUCCCCGUUAUUUAUUUCAUCACGGGACUUGGAGGUAUUGUGCCCGCCGAAGCCCAUACGCUUCUUUUGACACAGAUGGCCAGCCAUGGAUUCGUUGUGGUGUCCGUUUGGAAAUUAGGAAGCCCUGAAGAUUCUUUCGAUCCUGCCUGGUUUGAAGCGGCCGUAGAGUUUGUGGAGACCCGAUUGGAAAAUAGUCUUAAAAAACAGGAGGGUUACGUUUCUGAUUUCCACGUUGAUUAUUUGCAUUCGUUCCUCAGUGGCCACUCUGCUGGCACUCAUGUAGCCAUCACUCAAUUCCAGAAAAACUGUUUGAAUUACCAAGGCCUGAUCUUGAUUGACGCUGUUGAUGGCAACAACCCCAUUCCAGAAAACGUUACCAUCACCGUAAUCACCCCCGGCCAAAAAGUCAAUUUUACCGUUCCGACUUUGCAAAUUGUCACGGGACUAGACCCCGUUGCAAGUGUGUAUGGAUUAGCCUGCGCUCCAGAAGAACUCAGUGGUAAACGAUUUUUCGACGCCAUGACGGGUCCAACUUGGUACGUCAAUGCAACUGCCUAUGGUCAUAUUGAUUUGAUGGAUCCUGGCUACACCGAUCUCAAUGAUGCACUGAAAUUCUGUCCGAGCGAUCCGGACACUCCCAAGUAUGAUUACAUUCAAUUCCUAGUUGGAGAAAUAGUUUCCUUCGUCAACGGUGUCCUGGAUCCUGUCGGCAACUGUGCAUUAUUCGACAAUUUGGAAACAACUGGACUUGUUGGCGUCAACACGGAGAAUGAAUUCGCUUCCAACGGAUGGCAGAGAUGUUCGCCACUCCAAUGUGUCCUUACGCCCAGUUCCUCUCCAUUUUUUUCAUUCUGGUAAUGCAAGAAAUUUCGCUUUUACUCGAAAGUGCUUUAUUAUAUAAUGUCAAAUGAUUAUUAAUAGCUAUGGAAGCUGAUAAAUAAUUUUUUGUUUCAACUCUCCUUCCAUUUGGAAGGUUUUAUUAUGUUUGAAUCAUGUGAUAAAUGAUGUUGUGUAGUGGACGCACGCGCUUAAAGAUAAUAAAGUUUUGCAACUAUCGUA